AAGGACAGCGACCUGCCCCUCAACUCCUCGGUGUUGUGGAACCAGCACAUGCUGCCCGCCCGCCCCGCCGGCUGCACACUGGACGUCAAGAGGUCCAAACACAAGAAGAUGUCCAAGUUCCUGCAGUCGUACGGCAAGUUGGGUCUGCUGACGUUGAAGGAGGACAAGCACUCGGGGGACGUCAUCGUGACAUCGGUCAACCGGCGAGCUCCGUUGUACACGGAAUUCAGGCCCUACAAGGCAGCCGCCACCGCCGCCGGCGCCGAAGCCGCCUCCUCCUCCCCAGCGGCAGCCACCCCUGCAGCAGCAGCGGUGACCAGCUCGGGCCCCUCUGCAGCCGCCGCCUCCUCCGGCGGACCCACGGGUCGCUCCUCGGGCCCCUGCGAGCCGCUCCACAUCGAGGAGGUGUUCAAGCCCGGCAAGGAGCUGCGGCCGCUGUUCGAGGAGCUCGGACUCAA